AUGAGGAUCGGUAUUCGAGAGCAGCUGGCAGCCAUCGUGCUACUGACUGCUCUGGUGCCUCUAGCCGUCCUUGCUAUCAGCGUGUGGGUCAACAGUUAUAGCUUUAUCAUCGGCGUCACAAACUCUCAGCUGAGCCUUACGGCUAGUCUGAAGGCCGCUCAAAUUGCUUCGGAUCUGCUCCUGAUUCAGUCAACAUGCACCACCAUGACGACAAGAAUCAUCAUGCAGUCGGCACUUAGGGAAUUCUACAAAGGAAACAUCUCGGCUUUGAAUACCAGUAGGGUAUCCGAUGAUAUUGGAAGCGCAUUAGCAGGCGGGGGCCUCUCCGCUCUGCUGCAAGUAAAAAUAUUUUCUCGAAAUGCCACGGGCAAUGCCUAUGGCAUAGUAAACGCUACUGCUUCUACACCAGGAAUUGACAUCCCCGAUGCCGCGGAUAAUGGAUCUGCAGUUGCUAUUGGAGACAAAGACUUUGGCUAUCCCAGUGGACUCUAUCCAAAUAUUACCUAUAAGGAAACCUCGGAUCCAGAUCCAAUGGAUCCCUCGAAGAAUUUCACCAUCGUGAACGCGUUCCCCGAUUUUCCCUUGAAUCAGUCCGAUUCCGCUGUUUUGGUUCUUGGCCCAAUGCAAAUCAACGACUCAUAUGCACUGCUUUCAAUGACUCUGCCCAUCAUCGAUAAUACAAACCGGUCGAUUGUCCUCGGCUUCAUGACAGUCGUAGCGGCUGCCUCGACGCUGGUCAAUGUUACCGACUCUCAUGAAGGAUUAGCAAGUACUGGUAUGACGCUACUGAUAGGUCCGAGCAGACGUGAAAAUCAGUUCAAAUACCUCCAAAGACCCGCAACCAAAGACGACGCUGCUAAUAUGAGCGACAUAAAUGCAGCGGUGGUCAAAUAUAUAUUUCCUCCGGUCAACGCCAAUGGAACUAAUCGGCACAGGUCCUACAAUGCCAACCUGCGUAACAAUGGUGCUUCAAAUUUUACCCUAGGUGCUUAUCCAGCCGCAGCCACUGCAUUCGGCCGCUACCACCCAUUUGUCAAUAGUGCCGGUAGUAUGUUAUCCACCAGAAAUGAGGAUGGUGUUUCAGUCAGUGUAGGCUAUGCACGACCGCAGAGCUCCCUUGUUGAUUGGCUCCUCAUUGUUGAGCAAGCCCAUCAUGAAGCCUGGGAUCCGGUAUCAAAGCUCCGCAAGAUUGUUCUCGCUUGUGUUUUUGGGACUGUUGGUUUAAUCAUUAUUGUGGUCAUACCAACGGCUCACUACAGCGCGAGGCCGCUGCGAAGAUUGAGGGAUGCCACGAAGAACUCUAUUACUCCGCCUGGGUAUUCAUCAAGUGGAAGUAUCAAUUCCUCCAGACCCGAUGAUGAUGGCUCAGAUAGAGAGCCGGAUUUGGAAGGUCGGAGAAGCCCAUCUCAACGUUCGCGAAGGGGGUUCUUCAUAAGAUUGAAGAAUAUGACACGCGGUGGGAAAAAACCAUCGAAGCUGGAACGGAGUGAGGAAAACAGGCGCAGGGUCUUCAAAAUCCCGGCAAAAGUACAGGAUCGGAAGCAUUUCAUUACCGAUGAACUCACGGAAUUAACCACAACAUUUAAUAGCAUGACCGAUGAACUCAUGCUUCAAUAUGAAAGCCUAGAAGCCAAGGUAGCCGAACGAACUCGGGAGCUCGAAAUAAGCAAGAAAGCUGCGGAGGCUGCCAACGAGAGUAAAACUCUCUUCAUCGCGAACAUCUCCCACGAAUUGAAGACUCCUUUGAACGGAAUCCUCGGCAUGUGUGCGGUAUGUAUGGGCGAGGAUGACCUUCCGCGGAUAAAAAGAAGUCUGCAAGUUGUCUACAAAUCUGGCGAUCUUCUACUCCAUCUUCUCAACGAUCUUUUGACCUUUAGCAAGAACCAAAUUGGACAACAAUUAAGCUUGGAGGAGAGAGAAUUUGGAUUGGCCGACAUCAAAGUCCAAAUCCUUACAAUCUUCAUGAAGCAGGUUGAAGAGAAAAACAUCGAUUUCAGUGUGAAGUUUAUCAGCUCAGAUACAGAACCAGACUCCAAUGGCGUGCCGGAGAAGGCACUUCCAGCUAUCGGCCCAUCGGGGACGGGCCGAUUAAAAGAUAUGUGUCUUUGGGGCGACCAGCACAGGAUCCUUCAAGUGAUUAUCAACCUUGUCAGCAAUAGUUUAAAGUUCACUCCCGAAGGAGGGAAGGUCGAAGUUCGAAUCAAAUGCUUGGGGGAAGUCGAGGCUCCUGUCGAGUGUCGAAACUCGCUAGGAUCGAAGCGGAGCUCGCAGCGUACCUCAAGACGGCACAACGGCUCUGCCUCUGGUUCUCGGUCAGGUGGCUCAAACGCUUCGCAAAGUUCGAGAAAGUUAUCUGGCUCAGUUUCAAAACCCUCAGGCACCGCUUUGCAAAUCAAUCCAUUAGAUCCUAAGGCCACACCCAGAGUGCAAGUGCGAGAGCGAUCUCCCACUCCGCCGCCAGCAAGCGCAAGGACCUUCACGUUCCUGUUCGAGGUUGAAGAUACGGGCCCUGGGAUACCUGAGCACAUUCAAGAUCGUGUCUUUGAACCUUUUGUUCAAGGCGAUCUUGGUCUGAGCAGGAAGUAUGGAGGUACAGGCCUUGGGCUUAGCAUUUGCUCCCAACUUGCCCAAUUAAUGGGUGGAACAAUCACUUUAGCGAGCUCGCAGAAUCCUCCAAUUGGUACUACCUUCAAGAUGGAGAUUCCUCUGAAACAUACAAAAUCCCGAGCGCCUUCAACCUCGAGCUCAGAUAUACAUGGCUCGCGACCUACGAGUGAGUAUAGUGGCUCCCAAACCGAUGGUGGCCCACCUACAUCUGCAGGUGCAGCACCAGGCGACUCAAAGCCUACCACCGACUUCCAAAAGGAUACCCAACCUCGACUUGUUGGCCUUAGCCAACCGUUUUUUGCCACGAACACGAACUCAAAUCCGAACGCUAAGGAUGCGACGGAGCAAUUAGCUGUCCUUAACAAAGUGGCUACAGGCAAAGAUGCUGCCCAAAAGCUACGGAUUUUAGUGGCCGAGGACAACCCCGUGAACCAAGAGAUCGUUGUUCGUAUGCUCAAGCUCGAGCAUAUCUACGAUGUUGAGGUGGUUGUUGCAAAGGACGGCAAAGAGGCCUAUGAUAUGGUCAGGGACAGCAUGGACAAGGGAGAAUACUUCGAUCUAAUCUUCAUGGACAUCCAAAUGCCAAAUCUAGACGGGCUCCAAAGCACGCGUCUGAUCCGCCAGAUGGGAUAUUCUGCACCCAUCGUCGCACUUACGGCAUUCGCUGAAGAAAGCAACGUGAAGGAAUGUUAUGAUUCUGGCAUGGAUCAUUUCCUAAGUAAACCAAUCCGACGCCCGGCCCUGAAGCAAGUCUUGAAAAGAUUCGCAACUAUACCCGAGGAGGAGACGGAGACACUAUCGAUAACCGGCAACCGCACACCUGAACCCAGCGAGCCCCUGGCAUCUACCAAGCCCGAGACACCACAGGUGAACGGAGCCAGUCCGUCAUGA